CUACCUGCUUAAUAUGCUGAUCGGUUGUCUUAUCGAUUGGCGAUGGCUGACCUGCUGGUAAAGCUUGAAAGAGCAGUGGCCAGCUCAAGCUGUUUUUUCCGUUCUAUCGCGAAGCUCGCGCGCGUAAAGGCACCCUGCGAUUGCACGGUCGUACGACAGGUGCAUUCGGACCAAGCAGUAAAAGAACGGACACCCAUCUCAGUAGCACCAGCAGCUACAACAACAGCCUAGACAAAUACAACAGAAACUUGGAUACAAUUACGGUUUAUAUCAGCACGAGCGUAACGAGAAAGAACCAAAAGCAGCAGCAGUAACAACGUCAGCAGGGAUAGUUAGAGAUGGAGCAGGGCAAGCAGUGAUGGUAGCAGUAAUUGCCAACAUAUUUAGCUCUCUUUGUACACUCAGCAAAAUACACAUGAUGCACUUUGCCCGGUAUUAGCACUGCUACUGGCCUGAUUUACUUUGCCCUGGCUGAUCUGACGCGGCUGCACGCAGACGCACGAAGAGCAGGCACACGAUGCCCCACAACGACGGCUACGACUGACUGACUGACUGACUGACAGGCGGAAGGACGAACAGGAAAAAACAGCGGACAGACUAGUGAACCCCCAGUACAGACAGAUGCGGAGCGAAACAUCAGUUCGGCGCUAAUGGCAAAUGUAACAGAUAGCAACUAAUGGAUUUUUUCGUCUGGUGCAGGAUACUGCCUGUGUAUUACAGCGUGACAAGCGCGGCUAUUCGAUAACAUUUUUACCUCAAGACCACCACCACCACCGCCGCCGCCGCCGCCGCCACUGCUGCUGCCGCUAUCGAAGACACAAGCGACAACUGCGACUAUUAUCGCCAAUAAGUCAGCACGAGGUAACCUGCUGAUCUGGUUGCAUGCAUCUGCUGUGCUCGUUGGUGUAUAUGAAUAUCUGAGGGUUUGGGCGCAUGUGCUCGUAAAUGGGCGUGUAAAUGUGUACGUGUCGCCGUUGAAGGAUCUGUCAGGACUGUGACGAGUGUCUUUACGACUCGCCGUUGCAGUGACGUUACUGCUGCUCCUCUUUUUCGUGCUCAACGUUUUAUCUUUCUUCUGUCGCCGCAUGCUCGGCGUAUCUAGUGAACGCUGCUGCGAUCGUACUCACUACUCCUUUAAUUCGUACUGCCGUGUAAUUUAUGAUAUUGUCACCACUGCCGAAUAAUUGUAAGCGUGUGCCGAUCUGUGAAUUGUUCAUUGUGCGUAACCACGCUCGUGGGGGCUGACAAAAUGAAGGGGGGAAAACAAGGUCAUGGCCUUUCUACUGGACGCUCAUGUGAGAACGGACGUUUCUUCUCAUUGCCGAUGACAAUUCUCGAAAAGAAUGGCCAUUGUGAACGCGCCAGAUACCAGACAAGACACUGAGAAGCAGCGGGCUCGUAUCACUGGGACCCGAGAAGCAGGAGCUUGACCAGGACAUCCGUGAAGCUGCGGCGAAUCUUGUCCACGACGUCAUCUUCCGCGCCAAGGAGAUGGCGCAAAGGUCGUAUCAAGUUCAACAUGCGUUCAGUAUAGUUGAGGAAGAAGAUGACGAAGCAGUCUUGGCCGAGGAAAUGGCGAAUAGUCUGUCUCGAUAUAAGAUGAGCUCGUUUUCCGAUCCAACUCCGGAAAUCCAAAUCGACUUGGUAUGUGAUCGUACACCAAGUCCUGAAGAAACACUCACCUAUGUUGGCCCACCUUCUAGGCUUCGACAGGUGAAAAUACGCCAUCGAGAGGUUGCAUCUUCACCGGAAGACUCUGAUAAAUUUAACCAAAGUAGAGAAGUCGCGGAUGUCGGCAAGGGUGUAGAUCGGAACAAAAUUAAUAUGAGAAACAAUAUGGAAAGCAAUAACCCGAGCGAUAUAGACGACAUAGGUCAGCGAGAUGGUAAAAAUCAAGUAAGCCAAGAAAAUGCUCAGCGGAAAGAUAACCAUGCAGCGUCGUCAAUCAUCACGUGUUCUAUUUGUUACUGCCCAUCGACGAUAGUUCAACAGCAAUGCAAACAUCAGCUAUCGACUAAAGAUAUAAUGCCCGCGACGACAGUGCAAGAUCUAGUUUUGCACGGAGUAACCGAAGAAGUUCUUCAGCGAGAGGGGGCCGAGGAGUAUAUGUGCUCGAAACCUGCUAGUCUUCCGUUCGCCGAUGACAGUCCACCAUGCUUGGGACCUGGACUAGAGUCACCUUCAGAAGCGCAAGUCGCCGAGCGGGUCGCCAAAAGGAAAUCAUCUUUGUUUACCGAAAUGAAGGGUACGAACCUGAAGCAUAAUUCAGUAGACUUACGGCACUUCGUCGAAGAGUACAUAAAAGGCAUUACCGAGCAGGCGCAGCUUCUCGCCAAUGAAAGGGCACGUAAGUCCAUUCCUCAUGCUAAAUAUCAUUCUCCGACUGAUGGCCCACGAGCCUCGGUGAUAUCGGCGAUGAAGACAUCGGAGGGCCCGUGGUAUUCACGACUACGGAGUGCUUUUACUCGGUGUUUCCAAUCCACCUGUUGCUGUGUAAACCUCAAUCGGCAACCAGAGGCAGUUUAAGUAUCGCGACCUAUACUUAUACAGUAAACAGCAUAACGAGAAGGUAGUGCGAUAAAAGUCAUUUGCCCUCAUUGCGUUAUAAAGUCACGUACGAUUUGGUCUGCUAACAGAUGUCCAUAAUUGCUGCAAGUCGUGUCCCUCUUCCUUCACUUCCCGGUAAUCGCAGGUGAUGAUAAGCAUUAUAAUGAUAUAUUUGAAGCAAUUGAUAAACUGUGUUGGGCUAAAGCAAAACCUUCUGUGAACGCAAAUGUUCUACAUUAGGUACCUUGCUAACGAGUUUAUCGAUGGCUACGUUUCGAGUCUACACAAAUCUGUCGUGAACAAGAGCGUAUAGAGAGAGAUAAUUUUGACUUGUGGCGCCACCAGCGUGUUGACCAACGAUCUCAUCUGCAAUCCAAGAUGACUCGCUAUCAAAUGAGCAGAAUUUCGAAAUAAUCGGCCAUUCUAUGAGAGGCGGCUUGUGGAUUACCUUGUAACCUAACACAGAUAACAACGAGGCUUCUUCGUGAAUUGUAUGAGCUGAAGAUAACAAUAUUUAUUAGAAUAGAAAAGUGUCACUCUGUAUUAUGCGAUGGCUAUGAAUUGUAGUGGGAAAAAAACUGGGAAAGAAUGAUCUAACCGUACCACCCCCGAAGGUUAUUAAAAAACAUCGAUCAUAUCGAGCGGUUUAAGUCAUACUGAUAUAUACAAUAAUAAUGGUAUCACAUAUUUGACAUGAUGGAAUGAUAAUCGAAAAAAUAUAUAAUAAUAAUAAAUGACGUAU